AUGCCCCGACGUCGAGAAGAUCGACGAGGUCUCCGACAGCGGCAAGCUCGACGGCUGGCAGCGCGUCUCGAGUUCCUCCUCUCAAAGCUCGACCUGUCCAGUGUGAGCGAGAUGGGGGCCUCAGCGGAUAAGUUCUUCGACAAGCUGCAGCGGGAGAUCGGGGAGGGCAUCCCCGACUGGGCGGCGCGCUGGGAGGCCCGCGAGCGGGACCUGCUGGCACAGCUGAAAGCGGUGGACGGCGCCGUGACGGAGGUCAUCUCGGGGCCUCUGCGGACGUGGUGGUACUUGCGGCGAUCGCGGCUGUCACCAGUCGCGCGCGGCGAGAUCGCUGCCUUGGCGGGCGGCGACUACGACUUCGAUGAGACCUACAAGGCGCUGUGCACGAAGUGCCCGCUGGAGGCGCUGAAGGAGCUCGACGGGGCCGACGACAACGACGUCGACCACAACGACAGUGACUGGUCCGAGCUCGCUGACAUCGUUGAUCAGCUGGUGACUCUGGCCGACGAGGACGACGCGAUGAUGCUGGGCGGCCGGGAGGACACCGAAGAGGGCGAGAGCGGCAUCUACGCGGAGUUCAAGCAGAUGGGGAGGAACUUCAAGGACGCUCGGGACCUCAUCAGGCGCCUGAAGGUGGCGCUGGACUACUACCCCGUGCUGGCACCUCGACCUCCUGACGGACCCUCUCGUCCACGAGCUGCUCGGGGUCAUCCGCGCAAGCCCCGUGCUGGCGGCGAGAGGGAGCCUGUGCGUGACAUGCGUAGGAUGAGGUGCUUGGCCUGCCGCAAGUUCGGGCACCGGGCAAAGGACUGCCCGGAGAGGCACACGGCGCGCGGCAGGCCCCAGCCCAACGAGACCACCUCGUUCGCGCUCCUCGAGCUUGGGGGGCUGGUCCUCCUACUGGACGACGAGGGCGGCGUCUGGGCGAUCCUGGACUGCGGCGCUACUCGGAGCCUGAUCGGGGUCACGAUGGCGGAGAACCUGGCCUGCGACAUGAAGGAUCAUUACGACAUCAACUUCGACUUGGCGGAGCUGACGCGGUACUUCACCUUCGGCGACGGAAAUCGCAAGAGUUCAAUGGGGGCCAUGACUGGCGACAUCUUUCUCGGCGACGGGCUGGAGAAGGUAGAGAUCUCUAUCAUGGACAAUGAGGUGCCACUGCUGAUCGGGAUGGACCUUCUCGGACCUGACUACGCGAGCGCCCUGAUUGACUGCGGGAACGGCUACCUGAUGUUACCGAAGCUCUCAAGCAACAUCUUCCAGUGCUGGAAGAUGCCGAGCGGACACCUGGCGAUCAACGCGACGACUUCAGCGUGGCGGCAGCACGUCCCUCGCGGCAUCCCGAACAUCACCGAGCUGCACAAAGAGAAGGCCCUGGUGGAUGUCAGCGACCUGCCCGAGUCCAAGGUCGGGGCCGAGCUGGCGGGCUCGGCGGAGCUUCUGUCGGGUGCGGCUGUCGUGUCCGAGCUAGGGACAGCGCCCCCUGGUG